UUCUCUUCCUUCUGAGCUUGGAUUUGUGUUCCCCACCUCUAGGCGAAUUCAUCCAUAGUAGGAAUUGUCUUUUGCUGCUCCCAUGUGUGAGGGGUGGCCGUUGACCUUGGUUGCAACCGUUCAUCUUCUUUCCCAAUGAACUUCUCUCGUAGGUCUUGAAUUCUUCUUCUUUAUGGGUUCUAGCAAAGCUCAGAGUGGGAAGCCUGGAGCUACCGAGCAUUGUCGCUGUUGAGUUGAAGGAGAAGGAGAUGGACCAGGCUUCUUCCUUCACUUCUGAGACAUCACCUCACCAUGUGGAGGAGGUUGCGGAUACUGCUGGCCCGGUGGAGAAGCCUACACCAGCAACCCCCCAUGUGCUCGACAUUUUGCCCCAACUAGUGACCUCAACUGCAAAGUCAGUCACUUUUGCUGAUCUCUUCAAGGGAAACAGAGAUCCUGAUCAAGGUAUGAUGUUGAAGCACUAUGAUGUUGGUGAGGGAAUCCUUCGCAUUCCAUAUUCAAUUAUCAAGCCUGUUGAAGACAUUUGGGGCUUUUGUCUUGUGGGCAGUUUUACUGGGCGUUUUCCUGGCCUUAAAGCUGUUGGUGCCAUUGUUAAAAGCUAGAAUAUCCCUGUCGAAUCAUACCCCACUUUAAGGGUUGGGUGGUGCUUAAAUUUGAAAAUGAUAAGGACAGGUAUGAAGUGUUGGGAAUGGAGAGGAGCAAAGCUUAUGGAAAAGGGUUUAGGCUCAAGAUACCCUCUCAUGGGUUCAUGUUUGACUUUGCUAAAUUCACCACUUUACCUGUCUGGAUCCAACUCCACAGUCCCCAUGCAGUUGUGGUCAGAAGAGGGUAUUGGGAUGCUGGCCUCUAAAGUGGGAAAACCUCUUCGUACAGACCUGGUGACAAAACAACUUGGUAAAAGUGGUUUUGCAGGGUGCUUGUUGAAGUGGACUUCUCCAAAGAACCAGUAACUAGCUUUGAGGUGGAAUGUAUGGGGAAAAACUAUGUUUAGACAGUGGAGUUCGAGGAGGAGCCUAAAUACUGCUUCCACUGCCUUACAUGGAACCAUAGACCAUUCAAUUGCAGAGUUUUGGAACAAAAGAAGAAGAAGGAACUGAAUAAGUUGGUGGAAAACAUAACCCCUCCAGUGCAAACUAAGGGUGCUCCUAAUGAAUGGGCUCCUACUGGCAAGAGAAAAGGUAUUGGUUACAAUGAGCCAAAAGGGGGUAACAUUCCCUCCUCUUCACAUACUGCUAGGGAAGUGGAAGUGCCUUUUAAGGCUGGGAUUGGUGUUUUGGGUAAGGCCCCUGUCAAACCUGGGGAUGUUGGGGCUGGUCUGGAGAACAAGAAGAAGAAUGGGCAGGAUGGUGUUCUUGCUGGGAAACAACAUGAUCAUAAGAAGGGAGGCAAGGGGCUAGGCCCCCCUCAUAGAUGAAGGUCCUUUGUUGGAAUAUUAGAGGCCUAAAUAGGUCCUCUAAACAAAACUUUUUGUGUAAAUACUUUUUGGAACUUGGUGUCCAUUUUGCUUGCAUUUUGGAAACAAAACUUUCAGGAACCAAGUUGGAGGUGUUUGUGAAUGCCAAACUACCUGGGUGGAAUUGGUCUACCAAUUUUGAUGUUAUAACUAGGGGCCGUAUGGUUAUUUUAUGGAACUCAUCCUUUUUUGCUUGCAUUGUUUUGAGUAUGGGAGAACAACACAUCCAUUGAGAUGUUAAAUGCCUCACAUCACAGAAGGACUUCUGCUUCUCCUUUGUUUAUGGGCUGUACACCGUUCCUAAAAGGAGAGAACUCUGGGCUGAGCUUUCUUUAUUUGCAGGAAACAUGGUGAAACCUUGGGCUAUUUUGGAGGAUUUUAAUUGUGUUUUGGCAUCUAAUGAGAGAACCAACUGUAUGUGCCAGGGUGCCUACUAUAUGACUGAUUUGCUACACUUCAGAAGCUCAAAUUGCCUUGAAGAUGCACCUUCCAGAGGUAAUUUCUAUAGAUGGCACAAAGGGAGGAAACUUGCUAAACUUGAUAGAGUACUCAUCAACCAGGAUUGGAGUGACAUUGUCUUAGCUCCUAGCUGUCAUUUUUUCGACUUCAACUUUCUCUCUGACCACUGUCCUCUGCUCCUCCAGUGUGGUAGCCAAUCUGACAUUAGGAGCAAACCUUUUUGUUUCUUCAAAAUGUGGCUCAAGCAUGAUAGUUUUCAUGAUUUGGUACUCCGUUCAUGGGAACCUGGGAUCAUUGGCUCCAAGCAGUUCUACUUAUGCUCCAAACUCAAACGCUUGAAAUCACCAUUGAAAGCACUCAACAAACAUGCCUUUGGUCACAUUUCUAGAAGGGCCUUGGAGGCUAAAGAGGAUUAUGCAUUUGUGAUGAAGGAGUUGGUGGCAGACCCUAACAACCAAAACCUUCUUGAUGAGGCUGAAACCAAAAGGAAACGAGCCAAUUUCCUUCUUGAUGCAGAGAUGGAGUUCUACCAACAGAAAGCCAAGUGUGACUUUUUAAUGAAAUCUGACAGGUGCACUAGUUACUUUCAUUCCUUGGUCAAGAAGAAUAGGAAGAAGAAUAACGUGCCCUUUCUGACUAAAGAGGAUGGAACAAACACCACUUCCAAUGAACAAGUGGUUAAUUGUUUCCUUGAUUUCUACGCUAACCUGUUUGGGAAUGCCACCCAGGUAGAGCCCAUUUGUAGUGAUGUGCUCGAUGUUGGUACAACUGACCCUACCUCUGCUCAUAGUGCAUUGCUUGCUACGGUGACCCUUGAGGAGGUGAAGGAGGCUAUGUUUGACAUUGGGAAUGACAAGGCACCUAGUCCAGAUGGGUAUACUGCUGCAUUUUUUAAGAAUCAAUGGGCUACUACUGGACAAGAUGUUUAUGGUGCUGUUUUGGAAUUCUUUACUUCUGGGAAGCUUUUGAAACAUAUUAACCAUGCUAUGAUUGUUUUAUUACCCAAAUCUGCUCAUAACCCUACGAUAACAUGAAUGAUGAAUGAGGAACUAUCCUGGAAGGCAGCGAGGGCAAAGAAGAUGGAUGGAUGCUGGCUGGAGGAGUUACCUAG